GGAGGCCUCACCGCCUCACGCAGGCACGCACAUCACACAACGCCAGCGAGAAAGAGCUCUCGUCCGCACCACGGCGCAACCAACGGGGAGAAGAGGAAGGCAGUGAGCUGUCCCGCGCGUGCGCGCCCCGCCUCCCGCCCGCCCGUCUGAUGAGGAAGCUCUGCCCGAACCUCGAGCGCGACGACGCGCUGGACACGGUGCUGGAGGUGCCCAUCCCCGAGGAGAUGUUCUCCGGCGGCGGCGGCUCCCGCGGCUCCACCAGGUUCGGCUGCACCAACGUCAAGGCUUGGAUGCGGUCGCACGCCGCCGACCGGUCCGGCGCGGGCGAGCCGUGCUCCAUGACCCGCGGGGAGCUGCAGCUCAUGCUGGGCGUCAUCGGCGCGCCGCUCAUCCCGCUGCCCGUCUACCACGCCAACCAGUCGCCCUGCUCCGUCCUCUGCGAGCAGCUCAAGGCCGAUCCCAUCGAGUCGUCCUCCGCCAAGUACAUCGUGCAGCAGUACAUAGCGGCGUCGGGCGGGGAGUGGGCGCUGAACAAGGUUAAGAGCAUGUACGCGAUGGGCAAGGUGCGGAUGACGGCCGCGGAGCUCAACAGCAGCGACGCCGACGGCCACGGCGGAAGCACCGGAAACGGGCACCACCGCGGCGGGAAGAAGGGCAGCAAGGGAGGGGGCGGCGGCGGCGAGAUCGGCGGGUUCGUGCUGUGGCAGAAGAAGCCGGAGCUGUGGUGCCUGGAGCUCGUCGUGUCCGGCUGCAAGAUCAGCGCCGGCAGCGACGGCAAGGUGGCGUGGCGCCAGACGCCGUGGCACCAGUCGCACGCAUCCCGCGGUCCCCCGCGCCCGCUCCGCCGUUCGCUCCAGGGCCUCGAUCCGCAGCUGACCGCGAGCCUGUUCGCGGACUCGGUGUGCAUCGGCGAGCGGAGCAUCGACGGCGAGGACUGCUUCGUGCUCAAGGUGGAGGCGGAGGCGUCCAGCCUGCGCGCGCGCAACAGCAGCAGCGUCGAGAUCAUCCGGCACACGGUGUGGGGCUACUUCAGCCAGCGCACGGGCCUGCUGGUGCAGCUGGAGGACUCGCACCUGCUGCAGAUCAGGUCCAGCGGCGGCGGCGCCGGAGGGAGCGUCUUCUGGGAGACCACCAUGGAGUCCCGCCUCGGCGACUACCGCGCCGUCGACGGCGUCAACAUCGCCCACGCCGGCCGCACCGCCGUCUCGCUCGUCAGGUUCGGCGACUGCCAGGACGGCAACACCAGGACGCGCAUGGAGGAGGAGUGGAACAUCGAGGAGGUGGACUUCAACAUCUGGGGCCUCUCCAUGGACUGCUUCCUGCCGCCCAGCGACCUCAGGGAGGGCAAGGAGAGCCAGGACGUCGCCGUCGUCAAGGCCGACGCGCGCCCGCCGCCGCUGAGGAUACCGGCGGUCACCGUGCGCGUCGGGCCCUCGCAGGUGGCUGCCGUCAACAUGGACGACUCGGACUCGCUCGUCGCGAGGUCAUGACUACUCGUCACGUACCGUACGUACGUACGUACGUACUUGCAGUGCUGAGUGAAGAGCAUGUAUUUGUACGUGACACUUGUGUUACUAUAAGAUCAUACAUGUCGCAAGAUCUGUAAAUAUAUUGGAGGUUGAGAUCUUCUUUUCCCCGCUUCGAGAGGUGUGUGUUUACCUCAGCUAGAAUUGAGGCCAGAAAUAGUGCGAUCGAUAAUCCGAGCUACAUAUUCCGCGUAGCUGUGUUGUAAAUUCUAAUGAACUAGUAAUACCUGUAACUCUGAAAGAGCAUCCCAGUUCUGUCC